AUGUCUGAACAACGUGUUCGCGUCGGCAGCGCCAAGGACGUCGGCCAGGGCAAGCUCAAGGAGUUCACCUUUGCCGGCGAGGGCGACGACGCCGUCAAGGUGCUCAUCUCCAACGUCAAGGGUCAGCUGCACGCGACCUCGUCCAAGUGCACCCACUAUGGUGCUCCUCUCGCCAACGGCGUGCUGACGGGUGAUGGCCGCAUCAUCUGCCCCUGGCACGGCGCGUGCUUCCACGCCAAGAACGGCGAGAUCGAGGACGCACCCGCUCUCGACAGCCUGCUCAGCCUUAAGCUCGAGGUGGAAGGCGACGAUCUCUACGUCACUGCGGACCCGGAGAAGCUCAAGGGCAAGCCGGGUGUCGCUCCUAGCUGCAAGGGCGGUGCAUCGAGCGUCAAGAAGGGCAAGGGCGUCGUCAUCGUCGGUGGCGGCGCGGGAGCCAUCAACUGCGUCGAAGAGCUCCGCAAGAGCGGUUACCAAGGAAGCAUCACCAUCGUCUCCAACGAACAAGCCAUCAUCGACCGCACCAAGCUCAGCAAGGCUCUUAUCGCCGAUGCGGACAAGGUGACGUGGCGCUCCAAGUCGCACCUCACCAACGUGCUCGCCGUCGAGCUGCAGAACUCGACCGUGACCAAGGUGGAUGCAGACGCCAAGUCAGUGACGCUGGAGAACGGCGAAAUGAUCGAGUAUGAGAAGCUCGUGCUGGCUACGGGUGGUACGCCCAAGCGCAUCCCCAUUCCGGGGUCCGACUUCAAGAACGUGCUCGUGCUGCGACAGAUCAGCGACACCAAGGCGAUCAACGAGGCGGUCGGCAACGAGGACGGUGACGAGUCCAAGAAGAGCAAGAACGUCGUCGUCAUCGGUUCGAGCUUCAUCGGCAUGGAAGCGGCCAUUGCGCUCACCAAGCGUGCCAACGUCGCCGUGGUUGGAAUGGAAAAGGUGCCGUUCGAGCGCGUGCUCGGCCAAGAGGUCGGUCAGGGUCUCAUGCAGGCUCAGAUCAAGAACGGGCUCAAGUUCCACAUGGAAGCUGGCGUCGAGCGCAUCGAGGGGGACAAGUCGUCCGGCCCCACGUCGGUGGUCAUCAAGAACAGCCAGGGUCAGGAAGAGUCGAUUCCCGCCGACGUCGUCAUUCUCGGCGUCGGUGUUGCGCCCGCCACGGGCUUCCUCAAGGACUCGGGCUUCACGCUCGAGAAGGACGGCGGUAUUGCGGUCGACUCCAAGCUUCGCGUUCAAGGUCAGCAGGACAUCUUUGCGAUUGGCGAUAUCGCCGCUGCUCCCACCCGUGCCUCAGCCCACAGCCGAAUCGAGCAUUGGAACGUCGCCUCGAACCAGGGCCGCGCCGUCGCCAAGACCCUCGCCGGCACCGAAACCGACUACGAUAAGGUGGCCAUCUUCUGGUCGGCGCUCGGCUCGCAGCUGCGCUACUGCGGCAGUGGCGGCCCUCAGUUCGACAAUGUCUACGUCGAUGGCAAGGUGGAGGACCUCAAGUUUGCCGCCUACUACGCCAAGGGCGACGAGGUGGUUGCAGUGGCCACGAUGGGGGUCGAUCCGCUGAUGGUGCAGAGCAGCGAGCUGAUCCGCGUCGGCGCGAUGCCCAAGUUGUCCGAGAUCAAGAAGGGUAAGGAUCCCUUGGAGGUGGACCUGUCGUCGCUUUCGGCCAAGAUGUAG